AUGAAACGUGCGCAAUCUCCCUGUUUACAUGACAGCGGCCAUGACGAGCGACCGGCCAAAGUGCGACGGCAGGAGAGUUUGAGCACCCCUUCAGGAUCACUGAAGAGAGAGCAAGAAGAGCAGAUCAAAGUACAACAUCCGCCUUCACCCUUCUCUCCCAAUCCUGACAGUGAGAAUCCGGUCAAUUUGGAACGUCAAGCAACGACUAGGCCUUUCCUCACGAAUACGGCAACAGAACAUACUGAUGAAAUCUUUGACUGGAUACCCGCACCAUCGGAGAUCGACUUUCACAAUGUAUUGCAGAAUCGGUCGGAAACGCGUCUUUUUAUGGACCUACACCCUCUUCUUAUACCAUCCGCUGAGAAUCAAUUUAUCCAGGGAAAAGCAAGACUGAAGGAUGUCAUUGAUGGAUAUAAUGAUCUGUGGGUCAAGAUGGAGCCAAUAUAUGGCCCGAAGCCACAACCGGAUCACGCGCGAGAUAAGAAAUCUCUAUAUACCGCUCGGGAAGACAUAUACUUCCUAUAUUUGACGGCGGAGAUUAAAUGCGGGAAUCAGGCAUUAGACUUUGCGGACUGGCAGAACAUGCACAGCAUGUGUAUCGCUCUACGAGCAGUGGUGUCUCUCUCUUGGAUGGCCGGUUGCCCCAAAUGGGUCUAUCGGAGGAUCCUCGGUUUCUCCGUGUCUCACGACCUAGACGGACUCCGAAUCUACGGCUACUAUCCGGAUAUUGAUGGCGAGAAUACCUCGUAUUUCUGGGUCGAUGUUGAGAUCGAGUCCCAGUUGUCACGGACUGGGUCGCAGGAACGUCCCGGGAUACGCCGAACCGCAUCCUCACAAGGCCGAGGCUUACAACCCGAGCUUCGCAUGAUGGUGCAGUCAUUGCAACAACAAUUAGCCGAGCAGCGGGAGCGAGAAGACAAGCGAGAAGCAGAACAGAAGGUGCGGGAAGAGAAGUUACUAGCGGAGCAGAGAGAGCGAGAAGAAAGACUGCUAGCAGAGCAGAGAGAGCGAGAAGAAAGAUUACUAGCAGAGCAGAGAGAACAGAAGGCGCGAGAAGACAGGCUUCUGGCUCAGCUAGAACAACUCACCCGGAAGCUGAUUGAGAAGUAA